GAAAAGUCAAUGUGUAAGCUUGAUCCUCCGUUUCCUUGUCGUUUUCUGUCAUGGUGCAAAAAUAUGUGGUUCGCUUCGUCGAAUGUCAACACUCGUAUUUCACUUUGGCUUUUUGUAUUUGAACGCGACCAUUCCUACUUCUGUGAACAGCAGUACUUUCCUUCCUUAGCGUUUCUCCACCGCUAACAUGGUAUCGACUACCGUUUUUUCUGGUCUCGUUCUUCUCCUUUCACAAUCUUUUUUCACUCCGGCGCUUGCCCUGCCUGGCGCAAGGCCAGCACCUGGCCGUUGGGAUGCGAGAGUCCCUCCGAAGCGUGCGCCGAUACCAGGUCGCUUCAAGCUAAGAGAUGCUUCGGAGACUUUAUACAGCAAUAGUACGACCGCGGCUGCCGCCACGAGCAGUUCUCUCCUCGGUACCGCUGUUCCCUCGACCGAGUCGGUCAUCUCGAGCAGCUCUGAGAGCAGUUCUGAAAGCAGUUCUCUCCUCGGCACUGCUGUUCUCACGACCAUAUCCGUCACCACUACCAGCUCUGAAAGCAGUUCUGAAAGCAGUUCUUCUUCCGAUAUCUCUCUUCCCACAACCGUGUCUGCCACUACGAGCGAUUCUGAGAGCACCUCUCUCACCAGUUCUUCCGAUACUGCUCUUCCCACAACCGCACCUAUCACCACCUUCAGUUCUUCCUCUGUUGUUGCGAUUCCUACUGUACCAUGGGGUGUCUCGACUACAGUCGUCUCGGGUACGACAUAUUCGCUAACGUAUGUCUCUACCACCGCUACCCAAGACACGACAAUCGUCGAGUCUGACGCCUCAACGACCACCACUGCGUCUUAUACAGCUGGAGCUGCUAUCUGGUGGAUUCCCAGCCUACCUGUUGGCUGGCCAUUGCCCAUUCCUGGUCCCCCUCCAAUCGCCCCACCGGGACCUGGAGGAGAUGGUGGCAAUACUGGCUGUCAAUUUGGCUGCGAAGACACUAACCCCAGCGACACACAAGGCACUCAAGAGCCCACCAGCAACCAAGAGUCUCAAACCACAACAACCGCGUCGUCUUCGGAGUCCUCGAGCAGUUCCAGCUCCUCUAGCUCUUCGUCGUCAUCUGGGCUCUACUGCGAGGUGGGUUGCGCAAUCUGCAAUCUUCGUCGCGGAGUAGCUGCACCAACCGCUACUCCAGAAAAACCAAAACGCGAAAUUGGCAAUUUUAUGCAACACGCUACUCAAUCUCGUAAAAAACGAAACAUCCCCGGAGAUGACAGCGAUGGCGUUGCUGAGACCUACAGCGAGGUCAAGACUAACGCAAACACCCAAACAGUCGAACUUGCGGAUGGACCGGUCCCCGGCAAUGCUGUGGCUAGGCAAGGUGUUUCUUCAUCAAAGUAUACCGCUUUUGAUGAGGCAGAGCACAACAUUCUUGUUGAGGGCUUAGAGGGUUGUACCUCUGUCAUUGUCGUAUCUCGUAAGGGCGCAUGGGCAAGCCAUUUCUGGGAGCGUCCCUCCUUUACAUCGGGGGAUGCAAAGUUCCAGGCAGACGUAAUCGGUUUCUUGAACACAGAUCUUGGGGGUUAUGCCGCGGACUGGGCAGACAGCGCUACCACCAAGGUUUUUAUCAUGACACCAGCGCCAGAGGUCAACGAUUUGAAUGGCAAUGGCAAUCCAUCCAAUGGCAACAAUCCACAAAAAUACCCCGACCAGGUUGGGGCGAUCAUCACGGCUCUAAACACGAUCGUGCCUGGCGCAACUAUCCAAACAUUCGUUUAUCAAGUGCAGAGAAAUGAGGUAUUCUUAAGUUCAGGCGCCUAUGGAAAGGCAAUGAUUCUCUACAGCAACAACCAAAAUUUCGACCCUGAUACGUUCGGUGACUGGGAUCCAGCUCAUCACUUGUAUCAAGUUUGGACGCAGGCCCAACUGAUCACCCACGACGAUUGGGUUCCUUGCACCGGCAACUCAAAGCGUGAUGGAUCUUCGUGCCCCAUCAGCAGUUCUUCUGCAUUCGCUUCUAGCACUACAAGCCCGACUAGCUCCGGUAUAGAUUCCAGUACUGAAAGCGCUACUGUUUCGACUACGGAUUCCAUUAGCACAAGCGCCGCUGCUUCCACUACGGAUGCCACUUCUGCCCCGACGUCAUCGCCAUCUGGCACCGCUUAUACCUGUGAAGUAGACGAGGGUGAUCGCACUGACACUACCUGUUCCUGCACGCCGCAAGGAUGUGAAGUCGGAACCAAGGGAUGCUACGCGCUGAUUAUGACGAAAGAGAAGGAUGGGUGUGAUGAUUCUUGCAACGGCUGCCAGCCGCCGGCGCAAUCGAGCGCCGCCGUCACAUCUGACCCAACUUCCACCGCUGAAGCACCUUCUUCAACCCCAGACCCUACAAGUACCACGCCACAGCCCACGCCUACGCCUACGGAAGACCCCAACAAGCCGACGAAUCUCAAGUGCUAUGGCGAAGGCACUGCAAACAGCCUGAUCUCUUUCGACGAAAGCGCCUCUACGGACCCCAUUAGCAAGUUCUGCAACGAUUGGAUCGGAGAUGAUACCUACGAGGUUGAUCAUGUCUCCAUGGCACAAUUUUACCCUAUCGACGGCCAAUCAUAUGAUGCUUCUACGCGACUGGUGCAGAUCGAGGGUAUUGUGAAGGAUUACGACUCUGCCAAGGCAGGGAGCGAUGAAGAGAAGGCGGCUACGAUAGCGAAUUGCAUCAAGGGGCUGACAGCCGUCGUGUCUUAUUGUGAUCCUGGCAGUGGGACUAAAUGGGGCGGUGUCGGACUGUGGAGUGGCCAGGUUUUGGGUAUCGGUGGAGAUACCGAUACCACGACGCUGCCUCUGGGUUAUGACGGAUAGGAAGCACCUUUUUUUUUUAACUUACUUUUCAUUCUUUGAACAUAUUUAAUAUUUUGUACACCAACUGUAUAACUAUUCAUUUUUUUGAUCAAGAAGCUUAACGUUGCUGUCAGAAGCGACGUGUAUAUCGGUUCCAUUGACGCGAUUCUGAGCAAGAGCGAAAGGAUAUCCGCUAGUUUUU